AUGGGCUCCAUCCCAUUUUGCACCCUUCUUUGCUGCUUUAUUACCAUAGCAGCAGCCAGUGUAUUUGAGUACCAGACAGAUUCCCAACCCUUACGUCCAUGCGAACUUCAGAGGGAAAAGGCUUUUUCAGGAGGAGAAACCUACGUUCCUCAGUGCUCAGAAGAUGGCCAGUUCAGAGCAGUUCAGUGCAGUAGGAAUGGUCUUUCCUGUUGGUGUGUGGAUGAGAAUGGCACUGAGGUACCUGGCAGCAAACAGGAUGGAUAUCCCAUAUCUUGCUUAUCCUUUUGCCAGCUGCAAAAGAAGAGGAUCUUGGUGAGUCAAUACAUCAACAGCAGUAGCAUCUCUUACAUCCCUCAGUGCCUGGAUUCAGGGGCUUUUGAUGUGGUGCAGUGUGACACAGAGCUGGGUCAGUGCUGGUGUGUAGAUCCAGAAGGAAUGGAGAUUUAUGGCACCAGGCAGAGAGGAAAGCCAACACAGUGUCCGGGGAACUGUGAGAUCCGAGACCGUCGUAUUCUGCAUAGGUUUGGGGAGAAGAGCCCACCACAGUGUUCAGCAGAUGGAGAGUUUCUGCCUGUCCAGUGCAAGUUUGUCAACACUACAGACAUGACGUUUUUUGAUCUUGUUCAUAGUUACAACAGGCUCCCGGAGGCUUUCCAAACGUUCAGCUCCUUGCGGGAGAUGUUCCCGGAGGUCUCUGGGUACUGUUACUGCGCGGACAGCCUGGGGAGAGAGUUAGCAGACACCGGCUUGGAACUGCUGCUCGAUGAAGUUUACGACACAGUUUUCUCUGCCCCGGAGCCUGCCCGCACAUUCACGGAGACCAGCAUAUAUCGGAUCCUGCAGAGGCGGUUUCUGGGGGUUCAGCUAGCUACCUCUGGCAAGUUCAGGUGCCCCUCAAAGUGUGAGGUUGAGCGGGACGCAGCCCAGCGUUACCAGCACGCCUACGUGCCGUCUUGUGAUACUGAUGGGGGCUACACACCAGUGCAGUGUCAGCAGGGAGGACAGUGCUGGUGUGUGGACACCAAAGGGCAAGAGGUUCAGGGCACAAAGAGACGAGGACAGCCCCCGGCCUGCGGUGAAGAACAAAUGUGCAUCUCUGAGAGACGACGUGCCUUGUCAAGGAUCUUUUAUGGCCCUGCUGGGUCCUUCAGUCAGCCCAAUUUGUUUUCUACGCCAGAUAUGCAGUUGGAAAACAUAGCUGGCUUCUCAAGACCCUGCCCUCCCACCUUCAAGGAGCUGUUUCUGGACUCUGGAUUGUUGUCUCCAGUUGCACAAAGCCCGUAUGCCAGCCAGAUUCCUCGUCUAGAAACCACCCUUAGUGAAGCCAUUAAGGGGAUGUUCCCAUCCAGGGAACUGGCUCAAGUGGCACUGCAAUUUACUGCCAAUCCAAAGCGUUUCCAAGAAAACCUCUUUGGAAGAAGGUUCUUGAAGAAUUUGAUCCAGUUUAACUUCACAGGGGCACUUGGCACUAGUGGGAAAUACAGCAUUGGCCAGUUUUUCCCACAGGAUGAUGUGGCACAGAGGGAUAAUGGCCAAGGCCUUCUGGAAUCAGCUGAGGCAUUUUCAUUGGAGGUUUCAAAGGGGAGCUCCAUUUUGAGUAAGCCUCUUGUAGACAGCUUUGGCCGCACAGUAACUCUACAGGACAAUCAGAAUAUGAUGAAAUUCCUUUCCUCUGUCCUGGAACUACCAGAGUUCUUUACUUUUCUUCAACAAGUGAUUUCUGUCCCGAAAAGCAUUGCUGAAGAUUUAGGUGAAGUUGUGAAAUUAGCAUUGAGAUCCAAAGACUGUGGUGAGGAGCCACGGGACCUGUUUGUUCCAACAUGCACCAAGGAGGGGAGGUAUGAGGAAGUUCAGUGCUAUGCAGGGGAAUGCUGGUGUUUGGACACUUCAGGUAAGGAAGUUCCAGGCUCAAGGGUUCAAGGCAAACGUCCAAGGUGUCCCACUGAUUGUGAGAAGCAAAGGAGAAACCUGCAAAAUUUGAAGCAAAGCCUCCCUGCGGGAUCAGAUCUUUUUAUUCCGUCUUGUACGGAGGAUGGAGACUUUCUGCCACUCCAGUGUUAUGGGACAAAUUGCUUCUGUGUUGAUUUGAAUGGCAAGACUAUUCCAGGAAUAAGGGGAAAAGCUGGAAAGUCGAUGCAAUGCCCAAGCGCUUGUCAAGUAACAGCUGGUCAGGAGUUUCUAAAGGUUGUGAAACUCCUGCUGUCAGACCCCAGUGCUCUGUCCCAGCUCUCCAGCAUUCACCUCCCGCAGUGUGAUGCUGGCGGUGCCUGGAGGCAGGUGCAGUGCAGUGGACCUUCUGAGCAAGCCUUUGAGUGGUACAGAAGGUGGAUUGCAGAGAACAACGAAGGCAAAACCCUGCCCAUUGGUAAUCUGUUGAACAUCAUAACUGGAUACAAAGAGGUGUCUUCCAAAGGCUUCUCAGCUUUUAUUAAAGCUUUGUAUGAGGCUGGGCACCAGAAUGUCUUCCCAGCAUUCACCAGGUAUUCCUCCUUUGCUGAUGUCCCACCUGAAGUGCUGGAAGGAAAUGUGACCUCUGCAUCUGAGAACAUUUUACUGGAUCCGUAUAUAUUCUGGCAGCUUCUGAAUGAGCAGUUGGCCUAUUACCCAGGACCCUAUACUGACUUCAGCGCUCCAUUAAGCCACUUUGAACUUCGUGAUUGUUGGUGUGUUGAUAGCAAAGGAGAAGAGCUGCAAGGAACAAGGGCAGAAGUGAACCAGGUCCCAACAU